AUGGUAUUUUUUUGCAUUUGUUCAACCAUCUUCUUCGUUGCACUUUGUAAAAUAUUCGUUGUGAGAUUCGAUAUUUCACCAUUUACAUUUAGUUCUCAUCUGUGUUCGUUCCUCUGGUUAAUUUCCACAACCAAAUUCCAUUCCUCUCCUACCGAACUCGAUUUGUUCAUAUCAAAUCUCACCGAAAUAUCCAAUGGCACAAAUACAACUUCAUUUUGGCCAUCAACGAUCGGUUUCAUCGACGGAAUCUUCUCCAGCAUAAGUCAAGUUUAUCUAAUUAAUAAUGUUCUAACCGGUCUGAUUAUUCUGUUGGGUGUAUCGAUUUGUUCGUUAAGAUUGACAAUUCUCGCGUUAAUCGGUACGAUCGUGGGUCAAAUAACUUCGAUUUAUUUAUUCCAAGUAUCACUGGAUGAGAUUCGUCAAGGUCUGUGGGGUCUGAACUCUGCAUUGACAUUUCAAAUACUAGGAGGAAUGUUCUUCGUCUUACAUGGACCUCACAUCUGGCUUUAUAUGAUAUUUGGAUCAGUAAUGACCGUUUUUGUGCAAGUUGGUUUGAUUAAAUACUUUCCUGUAUUUGGAAAAUUGCCACUAAUGUUGCCGUCGAUAAUUAUCUGUUGGUUUUUGUGUUUAUUAGGUGGAUCGAGUAAAUAUCUGAUCGGAAUCAGACUUCGAUCGAUGAGCAUUCCGGAAGAUCAUCUACGACGAUUUCGUUUGUCGAAUUUGGUGAAAAUGCAUUUUCAAUUUUUGGAUGAUUUAUCGAUAAUCCUUCAAAAAGUCGGAGGAAAUCAAAAUAUUCCCGACGAAGAUUUAUCAACCAUCGAAAAUGAAUUCGUUCCGAUACUUCUAUGUUCUUACACUCAUCAAAAUGAUUGGUUCAAUCUUAAAUCUUUACUAAACGAAGGUGCGGAUGUCAACGCAACCGACUACGAUUUUCGAAGUUCACUGCAUCUAGCUGCGUGCGACGGAAACAUAAAAAUAUGUCGAAUGUUAAUUGAAAAAUUCCAUGCAGAUACGAAUCUGAUCGACGAUUUCGGUGGAACGCCAUUGUACGAUGCAUUUUGUCACGGACAUUUUCACCUCAUACCUUAUCUUUACAUAAAAGGCGCCCGAAUGCCUAUAUCGAAGAUGAAAGAGCUGAUAUUUUUCCUCUGUGCAUUUUCGUUCGAAGGAAAUCUCGAAGCGGUACAAUACUUAAUCGCUUGUGGAGUUAAUCCAAAUCUAUUUGAUCAUAAUGGACGAACGGCAUUGCAUUUAGCCGUGUGUGGACAUCAUUAUUUAAUCGUCAAAUACUUAGUCGAAGAAGGAAAUGCAUCGACAUCGAUUGUCGAUCAUUACGGUCAUACGCCGUUAGAUGAUGCAGUACGAUUGUCUGAUAAUCAAAUCACGUUUUAUCUUCAACAUUGGCGAGCUGAUUUGGUGAAAAAUACCACAAAUAUUUUCCUUGAGGAUGAUGAACUUGAUGACAUUAAUAUCGAAGAUGAUUUUGGGGAGAAGAAGGAAGUGAUCGAAAGGAAAUCGAGGAAAAUUACAGAGGCAAGUUUAUUACCAGCUUUGUUUUGCACAGCUGCGGGUGAAGGAAAUGUGAAACAAAUGAUAAAUAUCCUCAAACAGUUUCCGCAAUUUCGUGCAGAUAGCGUCGAUUAUGAUUUUCGUUCUGCGGCACAUAUCGCUGCCGCUGAAGGUCAACUAUCGAGUAUUCAGUUUUUAUGUAAACAUUCCUUAGUGAAAAAGCAAGAUUUACACUGGAUUAAUCAAGAAGAUCGUUGGGGAUUUACACCGAUCGAAGAAGCUUAUCGUUACGGACAUAAUCAAGUUGCCGAAUAUCUAAAAGAAUAUCAAAGCAAAGAAUCGAAAUUACCGUUGUCAACAACAACGACAGGAAUAUCUUCGGAUUUGUCGUCGAAAUCCACCAAAACUUUUAUUGAUUCGGUAAAAAAAUGGAAAAAAAUUUUCCGUUUCGCAACACUAGUUUUAAACAACGAAGCCGAAUUAAUCAAAAGUCUUCUCAUGAGCGGAGUCUUGUCAGCAUCCAACACGUAUGCAGAUUAUGACGGACGAACUCCGAUGCAUUGGGCGGCAUUGAAUGGUUACAUAAACGUUGUUAAAGUCUUACAGCAUUGUGGUGAUAACGGCAGAACACACAAAGAUCGAUGGGGGAAUUCAGCUUUAGACGAAGCUAAACGGCGGAAAUUUAUGCAAAUUGUUCAUAUCCUACUUGAUGACAUUGUUUAA